AUUUCCUAUCUUGGCUGUCAGGUUAUUUUCUUGUUGGGGACGAUCAUAGAACAAUUGAUCACAGUUAUUCACUCCCGUCUGCUGGGCUGUAUUAUCUAUGCACGGGAAUAAAAUAGCAGUUGGAACUCCAAUUGUGAUGUCAAAGCACUGCACUGGUGAACCCAACGCACUACAUGCGCAUAUUAUUUGCUCCCUCUACCUGGCGGGAGAGGCGCCCGGUGUUCCACAACACCGUAGUUCCAUGCGCAGGUCUAGCCCUUUCUGGAAUCCCGGCUUGGCCCAAAUGCAGAGGGUGCAUCGUGCUAGCGCAUUGUGUAUUGUCUGCCCAGUCCAAUUGUUACUGGUGGUAUUGUUCGCCCUCCACUACUGCAGCUAGUGCGCAAAUUCUAACCAUGCAUGCUGGCUUCCGCACCGAUUGCAUACACUUACAGUAAAGAACUCAAUAGUAUUGGUGCACAGUGCAGAAACUUCCUUGUGAAGAGCUCGGCAUUAAUGUACAGUAAUAA